CAAACGGUAAAUAAAUCAGCUGAUACAUCGUGCGACGUACAAAAGCAGCGUAUAGAGUGUAGGAUUAAAAAAAAAAACCUAUUAUUAUUAACAAAUACAAAAAUAGAUAAUUAAGAAAUGGGACGAAUAGUGUAUGCAGAAGAGUGUUUAUUUAAUUAUUUAGAAUCUUUAGCUCAAUCAGAUGCUUACACCGUUGGACUUAUUUUAGGACAGAGUACCGGAGAAACUGAUUAUGUGAUACACUUAGCACGAACACCUCCACCAGCAUCAAAAGACGUUAUCGAAGAGACUUUGAUAGGUUCGACGACGAAUCUUCAUCAAGAAUCACCGGUUCAGUUUAUAAAAUCAAUUAAAGAUGUGCCCAGCAGUUGGGUCGCAGAUCAUGCAAAACAUGUAACACGAAUGUUACCAGGUGGUAUGUGGGUUCUUGGAAUAUUUAUUGUUGGGCCGGAUGAUUGUUUAAAUAACAGUGACUCGACUCAAAGACUGAGAUCAAUUAUUACGACAAUACAUCAAAAUUUAGAAUCCGAUCCAUAUCUAUAUGGCAAUAAUCCACAUGAUAAUAUUAUUCUUGCGUAUAAUAGCAGAACUAAAAGAUUUUCAUGUAAAUCUUUUGAAGCUAAUGGUAAUGGAUCAUUAAAAAAUGCAGAAGUUAAAUUUCAAUCAAAGAUAACUAAGUGGUAUCAAUUAGAUACUCAUGUUGAUUUUGAUCAGAUGUAUCCAGUAAUAAAAGAUCACGAGUCUGACUCAUUAAAAAAACAACUUCAAAAUAUUCUUGAAGAUAUUUCAAAUAAAAUAGGAUCGUCGAUUGUUGUACUUGAAGGUGAAUCAAUGUCUCUUGAUGAUCCUAUUGAGAUUUUAGGAGAAAAGAAGAAGAAAGACAGACAAGAAUCUAAAAGUAAUGACACUAACUUUAACAAUAGAGUUCUUGAAGCCGUUAUUUACAUUCCAAGUUUGCCUAACAAGUCCACGAGUUUAGAAAUAAAACGAACGAAUUUCUGUGCGUCUAUUCGGUUACAAGGACGAUUGAUUAGUAGAACUUUUGUUCAUCAAUCAUCAACAAUUGGUGAAGCUGCAAGUGCAAUAAAACAUGAUAUCAUGAGAUCAAUGACCAGUAGAUUAGAGAUGCACGCUGAUAGUUUAAUUGAAGAAGAAAAUGGUUUACCAGAAGGUAAAAUUGACAAUAUCACACUCCAUGAACCACCACGAAGAGUACUUGUUGCAUUACCAAAAAGUAGGAUAACUUUAUCGGACUACUUAUUCCCCGGUGAAGGUCCUCAAGAAGCUCUAAUAUCACUCCAAGAGCUUUUAGAUCUUGAGGUACAAGAAAGUAAUGUUCAAAAAGAUUUUGAAUUACAAGCAGAUCCAUCUGAAUUUUAUUCACAAAAUGAAAUAAUUACUGAACCUACUGAACAAAAAAAAUAUUCCGAUAAUAAUCACUUAUUUUUAUAUAUGUCCGGGUUAAUUGUGGCAUUAAUUAUUCUCAUUAUUUCCAUUUUAAUACACUAUUUUUACUAAUUUGACAAAAGUAUAAUUAUCAUUUAUUUUGUAUUGAUAAAAUUAUGAAAAAUAAAUAAUUAAAUAUAUUAUUGACAAAA